AUGUGCAUAUUGUUCACUGCAAGCGCAACACAUCUCCACGAUGGUCGGCGAGGGCAUCCGCCCGAUUCGGGUUUUUCGGAGCCCGCCAACGUCAACGUCAGUGAGGACAACAACAAUGGGCCGAUCUCACUGCGCGAGAUGCAAAACAUCGCAAACAACAAUGCAGCAGCUUAUAUCGUGAGCGAGAAUGAGGAGAGGAACAGAGUUAGCAGAGAGUCAGUUGUUGAAUUCGAGCCUCUGCCGACGGGUAUACGGGUGGUUGAUCCUUUAGAAUAUUGCGUUGAUUGGUUCGGUGAUGAUGAUUUCCCACGUGAUCGAUUGCAGUACCUACGAGAAAUUGGCAGAGGGUGGUUUGGAAGGGUUGUCGAAGGCGAAAUCGAAGAUGCCGGUGAAACAACUUCGGUAGCAGUGAAAAUCCUCAACCAGAAUGCAACGCUUGAGGACAAGGCACGGUUCCUGAACGAGGCCAAAAUGUUCAGGGACUUACGACACGAGAACGUACUCACAUUUAUUGCAAAAUGUCUGCAGGAAGAACCUUGGAUAUUACUGUUUGAGCUCUGUACUAUGGAUCUCCAGCAGUACUUGGCUGUAAAUAGACCUAAGAUGGCGAUAUUGAACGAAAGUGGCGUGCCUCUACGGCUGAUGUGUGACAUCAGCUCAGCGCUUGCGCACUUACACUCACGAGGUUACUUGUACGGGAGCGUGUGGGCGGGCGCGGUGCAGACGCGCGGCGCGGCGGAGAGCGCGCGCGGCGUGCUCGGCCGCUACGGCGACGCGCCGCCGCCCCCGCACCACGCCGCGCCGGAGACGCCUCUCUUCACCGCCAGCAGUGACAUUUGGUCCUUGGGUAUGCUGGUGUGGGAGGUGUGUGCUUGGGGAGCGACGCCUACUCAACAACCACCGCCAUUACCUGACCUCCCAUGUCCUUAUAGAAAUCAUUUAUACCAAGUAAUGCAACUGUGCUGGAACCCCUCACCUGAAGCCCGUCCGACGUCAAGCCAAGUGCACGCCCUGAUCAACCACUUGUACUCAACGCAUCGUGAACAUGCUCCCGACGCUACGUUACGACAUUCCGCAGACUUCGAACAGCGCUGGCAACGACUCAAGCCUAACUCGAUUCCCACGCGAGAUGAGCACCGAGCAAUAGUGCAUGCCCCUUCGACAUCUAUGACUGACCACUUCACCGGUUCAGACGAUAAUGUACAGACCAUACAGGAUUCACUGAGUAUUGAUAUGGAUACGGCCGUCUCGCGAUCCAGUAGCAUGAUGUCAGAUAAGGAUCCAUUAUCUAUACAGAUAAAGUCAGAGAGCUUAACUAAUCUACACGGAUCCCUGGAAGACGUCAGGAAUAUCUACUUAACGCACAAUGAGACAGCUGCCCUUGAAUGCCACCAGGGAAAUAUUUGUUUCGAGGAGAGUAGAGAGAGGGAACAGGAUCGUUCAGAUGCGUCUAUGGAUCCUUGGUUAAAGGAAAUCAUAGCUGGAAGUCAGGAUGAUGUCAGUUAUUAUAAGGAUGUAAGUGAUGUGAUAAAGAAUCUCGAUAAUAUACUAAACUCGGAGAAAACCUCUAGUUCAGAAUCCAGUCAUCAGGCAAGCCCAUCCAGGGACAAUUUAAGUCUGGAUUGCAAGAAGGAAUAUCCAGUACAAUCCAAUAUGGUAAAAUCCCCUGGUAUUACGAAUUUCCAGAACAUUUUAGACACAGGUUUCAGCACUCAAGAGGAAGAUGCGACUUGUGAAGACGACGAUAUCGACCGAGAUACUAUAGGUACAUUGAGUCAUUCGUUUGAACGUCACAGUGAAAUUGAUACAACCAGUCAACACACACUAGAAAACCUUACUCCUGAUACGCCAAUCAAAGAUGUAGAUAUCGUGAAAAACGUCGAGAUAACAGUUGAAGUGAAUCAUCUUAAGAAUAAUAUAGUUGAUAAUGUUCAAGAUACUGAAUUGCCAAAUGAAAUAGUGAGUAGUUUAAGUGAAAUUCCCAAGCUGAAGGAAUUAUGUGUAUUGUCAAUACCUAGUGAUAGUGAUGAAAAAUGUGUUAGAAAAGACUGUCAAUCAUCUUGUGAUAAUAAUCUAAAAAGUACUGAUUUAAAGAGGGAAACUAAGUCAAUAGAUGAUAUAGGCAAAGUGAUUGUUACACCUGAAGAAGUAGAAAAUAAGGUAAAUAAAUUUGAUCUGAAUACAGAAGAAGCUGAAAGUAUAGUCUUGCCUCUACCAAUGAAAGAAACCGCAAACGAUGUUAAAGAGUUAAAUGAAAAUGUUACAUCGAUAGUUGGCGAAACUUUAACAAAUGAUGUUAGUAUAAAAGAAAUCUUAGUUAGUGAUCUCAUAAACGAAAAAUCUGAAUUAAGUAGCCCGGUAGAUGAUCGUCUAGAAAUAGCGAAAUGCACGAAAGAAGAAAAUCUUACUGAAUCAGUACAAAAUAAAAAAGAUGGACAUAUUAACCUGACUAUAAAUGAGACUGAUAUGCCGUUGUUAUUAGAGGAAGAAAAAUCUAAGCCCUUGCCACCUGAAAUAGUACAAAAUAUAUUUAAGGACGAAAAUCAAUUAGAAAAAGAAAUAUUAGUUAAAAACAUGUCAGAUAACAGCUUUCUUAACGAAGCUGUUAUUAAUGAAAUAGAAAACAAUGAUGAUAAUAACGAUGCGUCAGAUGAUAGUAAUGUUUGUGAAGAACAUACUAAUUUAGUUCUAACUGGUAAUGAUUCUGAAGAAAAAACUCUGUCCGAGGUGAAUGAAUACACGAAAUGGAUUAACUGUGGUAGUUUCCCACAAACUGUUCAGGUUCUUUCUGAUUUUCUCCAUUCUGAAAGAGAACAAGCGUGGCUUGCUGAUGCUAGAGACAUUCCUGAGAAACACUUUUUCCAUUCAUAUGACGAUGAUCUUGAAUCUAUCAUUGAAGGAGAAUGUUUAGAAACUUCUAUUCCGGGAGUGCAAAAAAAUGAGCAUGUAGCAGCCACAAGUCAACAUUUUUCGGAAAAUCUAGCUAUUGCAAACGCUUUACAACAUUUCAGUAAAGGUGUUUUAGUAGAAGAAAGUAACGAAAUUCCAAGUUCUGACAAAGGCACAGAAUUAGUUACUGACGUAAUAUUUUCUGUAGAACAAAAUGAAAUAGCCACUCCAACCGUUAAUGAAAUGAAACAAAGUACAAAAUGUUUAAACACUUCUGAUAAACCUGAAUUGAAUCCCUCAGAAAUUACAGAAACAAUCUCUGAAAUUAGUAACAAUGUUCUUACAGAAGUAAUAGAUAUAAAUACAACAAAGAAAGGUCUUACUGAUGUAGAAGAAUAUAAGGAAUUGUCUGUUGAUUUAGAUUCAGAAACUAAGAUUAAAGUUGAUGAAUCGUCCAUUGUGAGCCAAAAUAAUAUAAACCUUUUAAUUACACAGUCUAAUAAUACAAAUAUAGAGAAUAAUAUACCUUUUAAAGAAGAAAAUGAAAUCAGUUUAGAAAGAAGCUCCUUUUCUAAUCUCAAUCAACCAAUGUCAGAUCUUGGCAAAGAUCCUAAUACAGAAGAUAAAAUAUUGGAGCCGUCUGUUAAUUUUGAUGAGUCCCUAGAUAAUUGCCAUAAAAAUGAACCAAUACAUAAUGUUUUGCUUGAUGUGCACUCGCCCAAUGAACAGCCCCUAGUGAGACAUACUUUGUUAACUGAAGUUGCUGACAUUACUCUUCCAAAAGAUGUAACUGUACGUAAUGCCGGUCAUUCUGAAGAGAAAGAAUACAAUGCUGUUAAAGAUACUCCUAGAUCUGAAGAAGUCAGUAUUAAAGAAAUAACAGACGAGAGUACUGCAUAUAUGGAUUUUAGUAACAGUACGAAUAAGGAACAAUUACCCAAUAACAAUGUAGAUAAUACUGUUCAUGACAUCAUUAACUCAUACCAUGGUAAUUCUAAUACCGAAACGUUAUGCGCUCUCGGCAAGAACGAAUCUACGGAGUACCUAGAUCUGCCCAGCUUCGCGAUCAAGGAAGUAGAUACAUUCUUGCAAAUGGAAAGAGCUUUCACCAGUAAUAUUUCACAAGUUACGUCAAGUACUCCAUUGGCUAGUGAUAACUCUGCUAAUGCGAAUAACACUCUUGAAAAUUCAACCAAAGAAAAUAGUGCAACACAGCUAUUAUUCGACACGAAAGUACCUGACUUUGGUCCAGGGGUUACUCUCACUAAGUUAGAACAGAAAUAUAUUCCUGACAGCUUAAGUCCUUUUGAAUCUCCGACAAAAAGCCACCCUACUGAUACUUAUGACGAAAACAGUUCGGUUGUUUUAGGCCCAUUUGAAAAUUGUACAUUAGAACUAUUUAAAUGUGUGAAAUCUUCAGAACUUGGAGAUUUUCCUAAAGAAGAAAUAUUGGCCUUCUCGUCAAAUUUCAGUGAUAUAAAUCUCGAAACGCCUUCGCCGUUACGCGACGGAAACUUCCUCAAUGAAGUUCCAGAUAUUGUCCACGAUGAUAUACAGUUCGAUGACAUUCAGAGUCUAAGUGAAAAACCUCCUUCUGAUCUGACGGAGAGUGAUAGUGGAAACUCUGGCACCGAAAAGCGAGUCUCUCCCUCAACACCACCCAAUUCACCUGGUGUAUUUUUAGCUUCAACAUCUCAACAGAAAUAUCUUGUAGAUAUUGAUCUAACACCAGAGCCGGCUUUGCCACCGGCAAAUAUCUCUUUACAAAAUGAGAUAGAAUUGAACCAAAUAGAGUUACAGAUCACUUCCAAGUUAGCGAUGGCAGAGAAUGAGAACAACAUGAACAUCGAAUACUCUGGUCCUUUAACAGUUGAAGGACUAGUUUCUGAUGAAGGCAUGUUGCUAAGAGAAAGUGAUGAUUUGCCAGAAUCCUAUUUAGCUGGGAAUGGAGGUUCAAUGGAGGACCUAAGAGAAGAUUUGACUUUAGAUGAGGAAUGUGUGAAGGCGCUGAGAAAUGAACUUGAACUAAAAUUGCCAUUAGCACAGGUAGCAGCUAUAGAACCGCCAUGCGAAAACGAAACCGAAUGGUCGGCGGAGUUACCGCCGCCUCCGGAACUAGUGGUGAGCUACCCGGGCGCGCUCAGCCCUAUCGCUGAAGAGACCGGACAGCAACUAUCCGCCUACGAAAACGAUUUGCAAUGGAACGUCUCGGCCCGCACAGACUCGUCGGAGAGCUACCCAGAGCCGUGCAACAACAGCACGGACGAGAUCACGGAGCUGCCCACGGCCGCGCCCAGCGCUGGGCCCGACGUCGGUACCUACACGCUGCACUCUCGUGACCACUCGCAGAACAACACCUACACCUUGCACAGGGACCUCGCCAGCAGCCGAGAAAUAACAAUGAGUGCAGACAGCUUGAACGCCAGUCCAUACAGAAAACCGAUACCCGACACAACCGACGUCGAAUCACCAAUCGACAAUAAGACUUACACAAAAGAAGAAGAUAAAGAAUCUCUCGAGAGGAUAUCUCAAGUAUCGCCCUUUCUUGUAAGCCCCACAACCGACACCUCUGCACCCUAUAAUUCUGACAACUUCGAAAAUGGUACAGGGCUGUCGACAUUAUCGAAAACCACCCUUCCAACAGACGCGAUGCUGUCAAAACCGUCCGAAACGCAGUGUCUUUCGAAAGCCACCAGCAUCGACUCUUGGUGUUCAAACGAUACCCUCUAUAACGUUGAAGAAAAUUUUGAUGACCUGGCCAUGGAUCCAGAUGUGCCAGAUUUCGAACCCGAAAAAGAUGAAGGUAACAGUGAGAGCACUGAUACUUUAACCCACAACGAAGACGAAAAGGAAGCAAGUCAUUGCUCCACGUACAUCAUUCACGAUAGUAAAUCAGAAGCUUGUGAAACAUUCUCGCCCGACUCGAUCACAGCUAAUGAUAACUACACAUAUACGAAAGCGAAGACUGAAAAUGCUGCUACCACACCUUCGGUGUUAACAACCGAGAUCAACGAUUCUACAAAAAAUUCGCAGACUAAAGACCUUGCUUAUGGUACCUUGCUGUCAGGGCUGCCAUCUUACUCUAAUUGUACCACGGAAAUAAUUUCAGGAUUAGACGAUUGGAAAACGCAGCAACCAGAGUUGGUUAGAAAAUCGCCAAUGACUAACGAUGAGGGCGUUACACCGUCUAAUAUUUCAGACGAUAAAGUAGGGGAUGUCACAAGCCCUCAGCUUGUCACAGAGCCUUCCAUAAAAAAAAUGGAAAGUGUAGAAAUAUCUUGUCUACAAGAUAAUUUAACAGACAGUCAUAAAUCGGAUACGUCUGAAACCCAAGGUAUUUUAGUCCAUGUCGAGAGUCCGAACUAUAACUAUAAAAACAUGGCACCGUCUGUUACAAGCACGCCUCUAAACGACCUGAUCGAAAAUGCUGAUGUGGAAGCGAUUCCGAUGAAACUGCCCGAAGUUAACACAGAAGCAACCGAAAAUAGUGUAAGCCUGCCUAACUUCCAAACCUUCCUACAGUCUGCUGAGGUCAGGCCGCAGGAUCUGUCUUCAAACGCAAGCAAGGAUGUGAACCAAGAGACAGAGGUACUGUUAGAAGGAGAAAGCCAGACGUUAAGUAGGAUCAGUAAUAGAGACAGUCUAGUUGUAUCUGAACGCACGCCUACUUACUCAGACUUUGAAAACUCGGCGGUCUCGAAACCACAGGACGUGAAUGCAAGCAAAUCUAGUCAGAGCAAUGAGAGCGGGAUCAGUUCCGAAGAAUUUCAGAGGUUCGAGAACUCUGUGAAGAACCGACCGCAGGAUCUGUCAUCGUUGAUCGACGCCAGCUCCUUACUUUUGAAAAGCGAAAGAAUAUCGAGUGAAUUAGCCAUGGCUUCCAUCUCUACGGACCACGGCCAGACUAGUCAGGACACGUACGAGGAAUCUCAACAGAGUCCGCCUAACGUUACGAAUUUAAAUGAAUCUCACAGCUUAGUUAAUUUUAGAGAACCCAAUUUUUUAUUAAAUUUUGACGCUGACGAUGAAACGGAACAGCCUCAUUCGAUCAUCAUUACUGAAACUACAAUGGAAGCUUUUAAAGAGUGUCCUAAUAGAACUUAUGAGACAGAUGCCAGAAUAGUAGAAUUAAAUCAUGCUUAUAACGCUCAUUCAAGUAAUUUUCAACCCCAUGAAAAUUUAGAGAAAUUCCUGGAGGAGAAAAUCAAUAAAGAAAUGUCCAAAAUUGAGAAAGAAAACGUGAUAAGCACCGAAGUUUCUCCGAAACUGGAAAAUGUAGGUACAUUGUCACCGGAGGUACAAGAAACAUCGCACAUGUCUUUGCCAAUCGACAUCUUCAAGAAUUCAAACGUGCAGAAGUGUAAUGGUGGCAGUGAGAAAUUCGCUACCGUGAACUUUCUUAACGAGACAUUUGAGGAGUUGAUCGAAAGUAAUGUUGAUGAUGGUGAAACUAAAGAAAAUGAAGAGACAACUGAAAGCGUGAAGUCAGACGGUCCGCUAGAAGUACCAGAGAGUCCAAAGGAGUGUAAAAGUAUAAAAGAUGAAUUACACGAGAUUGGUGUGAUGAAUGGUGACUCUGAGGAGAAUGGCAAGAUGGCGAUGGUGACGGAAAACUUUCUGCAGAACGAAAAAAAGUACUGUCAGCUUGAUGGGUACUUGCCUUUGUUAACUGACAUUAGGUUCUCUGGUCCAGCUACAGAAAUAAUGAGUACAUCGUUCACACAAGAUUCUCCCACCGAACCCACAUCGGGUGAGUGUGCGAGAAUGGCGGCAGCUGACAUCAUCAAGGAAUGGGACAGCGACACCGACUCGCAUACCAGCAACUCAUCUAGUGGAGAGUUCAUCUGGAAGGACGGCGACGGCCACGAGACCUCGGUCGUGCCAACCACGCACUUCGAUCAUCAACGCACAGGUGAAUCUCAAGGCAGUGGGUGCACCCAACGAGAAGGGUCAGACGGUGGCGCGGGUUCUGGGGCUUCGGACGCGUCUGGUGACUCUGGGUCAGGCUCCGAAGGCGACGAGGUAGAGUUUGUGCCGUCCUCGUGGGAUUGUCGUGCCGCUCCCGCAAAGUCUUCGUUGAGGAGCUUGGAGCAGGCAACACCGGACAACAAGAAGCGUGUCGUGUUCAAACGGCAGAAGUACCACUGUGUGUACGAGUACCCGCGCGAGGCGCCCGACAUCGAGGCGCACUCGCCCGCCGCCUACCUGCCGGACUUCUCCACCUACUCCGAAUGGGACGCUACGAGCGCUGAGGAGGCGGAGCUCGGCUACGGGCAACUGUUCGGAGCGCCCAGCCCGCUCGACCUCUACCCGCUGCGAGCUGGCAUCGCCUUUGGACCUGAUUACGACGAAGACUUCUUCAUAUCAUCGUCAGCGCGUCCCUUCGAGAGCUUAGGCAUCAUGACUAGCCAGUUCUUUCCCGGCAAACACAUCAAACCGUCCCUUCUAGAGCGAGAUCUCUCGGACGACGUCACCGAGGAUUUCCCCCCGCCCCCUUCGCCAUUACCUACCACCACGUUAAUGCAAACACGAACACCAUCUCUAGACUUCACCACUCCAGACUCGGGAGUUGAAGACAUUACACCUGGGUCGACUACGGACGAGGAUUUUAAGAAGAAACUGCCAGAAACUGAGUUGACCUGGAGACCGGUUGACAGUGGAAGCUCUAGCGAGUCCGUCAGUCCUAGUUCUCCUGGAGGCGAAGCUCUGGGUGGCCUGAGACACACGAGAGAUAAGUUAAAGUUAGACUUACCUCCGAGCCCACAUAUACCGUCACCGCGUCACAGUAGAGUAUUUAAUUUCGUGUUGGACAAGCCCAAGCGGCGGGAAGAACGAACUGAAAUAGGCACCACUCCCUUAGUCAUGACAGAUGACACCCCCAUCGUCACUACAUCACUUCCAUUACAGAAAGAAUGCGAAGAUUUGCCGGUCCCAGAGCCGACGUUCUCGACGUUCGGCAAAAGCGCACCCAAAUCCGAACCCGAACAAAAGUUGAUAUUAACGGAUGAAGUCGAAGAGAACACAAUAGAAGUGAAGGUUGAAAGUCCGAGUCCAAAGGUCGUAGAGCCAGUGAAGGGCGAGGGCACAGUGCUGGACAGCGGCGACGAGGACUCGGGCAUCGAGAGCAGCUCUAAAGCCACCCUCGAACGUAACAAGACGAAUGUCUCGUAG